AUGACUUCUUCAAAUAGUAUUUCAACGCCACCUAUUCGAAUAAAUACGAAAGAUUUUAAUCAAGUAAUAAUUGAGACAUCGACACCACCACCAGAUUUGAAAAUAAAACGUGCGACUCCAAUAAGACAAAAAGUUUCAAAUUUACAUCUGAAUACUCUAUCAAAUGACUCAACGUCGAGACCUUUAUCUCCAUCAAAACUUAAUGUAUCAAGGUCACCUUCAAGAUCUUCUUCACCAACAAAUUUAAAUGUUCCGUUGAUUUAUUCAAGACCUUCUUCGCCUUCCAGAGAACAUCUUAAAAAUGCAACGAUGAAAUAUGUAGAUGAUUUAUUACUUAUAUUUUACGAAGCGCUAGAUAAUUAUCCCAUCAAUCAAAUAAUAAUAUUAAUUAAACAACAUCUUGAGAAUAACGAUCAAAAAGAAGAAAAAAUAUUUAAAUGGCUAUUGAAUAAUGAAAAUGAUGUAAAGUAUAGAACCUUACUUGGAUUUUUUUAUGAAGCAGGAAUUGGAACAGAAGAAAAUGAAAGAAAGGCAUUUAAUUCUUAUAUAGCAGGAGCAAAAAUGGGAAUUACGUAUUCGCAAACUUUGUUGGGAAAUUGCUACAUAUUGGGAAAAGGAACUGCAAUAGAUGAAGUGUUGGGGUUCAAAUGGUAUCAAAAAGCUUCAGAAACCGAACUUUGUAUAUGCGGAUUAUGCGGGCUUGCUAAUUGCUUUGAUUUUGGUAUUGGAACCGGAAUAGAUAAAAAAAAGGCUUUCGAUUUAUAUAAAAAAUCAAUCAAAACUGGAAAACUUUUGGGUUUAAGCGAACUUGGUUAUUGUUAUCAAGUUGGAUGUGGAGUUGAAAAGGAUUUAAAAAAAGCUUUAGAAUAUUAUAAACAAUCUGCUGAACAAGAAAACAGUGAUGGUCAAUAUUAUUUAGGUGUAUUUUACGAAUUUGGUGUAGAAAUCGAGAUAGAUGUAAAACAAGCUAUAAAUUUGUAUUGUCAAGCCGCUGAGAAUGGUGAUGAUGAGGCUAAAGACAAAUUAUAUUAUCUAUUAAAAGGAUAA